CUUAAAUUCGAUUAUAUCAAUUGCUGUUGACUGUUAGCGAACCAUAUACACUAUAUUAUUUACUCUCUUUCUGAAUAGUCGCGUUGUUUUCGACAUGUUAAAAUUUACAGUUUUUAUUUUUGCAAGCAUUGCGGUAUGUCAAAUCAUUAGCACUGAAGGAACGCCUGUAUUAUGUGGUCCUACGCCUAACGAGGUGUAUUCGUGCCUUGGCGCACCUAAGAUAGUGAGUCCUGAUGUAGCUAGCCAGUGUAACAGCAGUUUACCUGAGUGUGAAAGGAUGACGUGCAUAUUUAGAAAAUCUGGUUGGAUGGACGGUGAAAAAGUGGACAAGGUGAAGCUGUCCGCCCACUUCGACCAGUUAGCCAAGAACAAUCCUGAAUGGGCAGCAGGGGUGGAGAACGCAAAGAUUACCUGCCUGACAACUGAUCUGCCGGCACAAGGCAUUCAUCUAAACUGUCCAGCUUAUGACUCAACUGUCUGCACAUUCGCAAGUUUCAUUAAGAACACCCAGCCGUCUCAGUGGAAGUCGAAUCCGAAGUGCAGUAGGGCGCGUCAGUUCGCGGCCUCCUGUCCCAUCUGUCCUAACGAUUGCUUCGCGCCCCUCGUGCCAGUCGGAUCUUGCAACGCUUGUCUAAGUCUGCCUAGAUCGCCUUGAUUUGUUUAAACUAUUUGAUCUUAGUCUACCUAGGUCACCUUAAAAGUGUAUAAACUUUGUGCAUGACCUUUUAAAACGAUAAGUAAAGAUUUUUGAAACUUAA